UGCUAGUUUUUCAUUUUACAUCUAACAUCUUCCCCCCCCACAGUACCAGUCUCUGCACACAACCCCAUUGGAACAAGAAAGAAAGAAAGAAAGAGACUCACCAGCUAUACCCCACAACUCCCUCACUUUACUCUCCUCCUCCUUCUUGUUCUUGUUCUUGUUCUUGUUCUAAUACAGAAAAGAAAGUCUCAUUGCAUUCAGUAUCUGUAUCCUCUUCUUCAAUCCAGCGCCAUGGAUACCUCCGUCUAUGGUGUCUGCAACCACAAGCACUUCUCCUUCUUCCUCAGUCUCGUAUUCCUCGUCCCAUUCCUUCUCCAUUCCGCAUCGUCUUCAACCUCUCCUCAGAUCAACUCAAACUCCAUCCUCGUCGCGCUCUUGGAUUCUCACUACACCGAACUCGCCGAGCUAGUAGAGAAGGCACUACUCCUUCAGAAGCUUGAAGAAGCUGUCGGCAACCACAACAUCACAAUCUUCGCACCACGCAACCAUGCUCUCGAGCGAGACCUCGACCCUGAGUUCAAGCGCUUCCUUCUCGAGCCUCGAAACCUCAACUCACUCCAGACCCUCCUCAUGUCCCACAUUCUCCCCACUCGCAUCCCCUCCGACGCCUGGCCUCCCGCCGCUACCUCCGUCGUGCGCCACACAACGCUCUCCUCCGACUACCACCUUCAUUUGACUACCAACUCCUCGGGACAUAAGACUGUUGACUCCGCCGCCGUCCUCCACCCUGACGACGUUGUCCGCCCUGACGGUGUCAUCCACGGCAUCGAACGAUUAUUAGUUCCUCGAUCCGUACAGGAAGACUUCAACCGCCGACGUAGUCUCCGCUCCAUCGCCGCGGUACUACCGGAGGGAGCUCCGGAGGUGGCAGGCCACCACGGGCACUUCGAUGGCGAGUCUCAGGUGAGGGACUUCAUCCACACGCUAAUCCACUACGGAGGGUACAACGAGAUGGCGGACAUUCUUGUAAACCUAACUUCCCUGGCAACGGAGAUGGGGCGGUUGGUGUCCGAGGGUUACGUCCUAACGGUUCUGGCGCCGAACGACGAGGCCAUGGCGAAGCUUACGACGGAUCAAUUGAGCGAACCGGGGGCGCCGGAGCAGAUCAUAUACUAUCACAUCAUACCGGAGUACCAGACGGAGGAGAGUAUGUACAAUGCCGUUAGAAGGUUCGGGAAGAUUCGUUACGAUACGUUGCGGUUGCCGCAUAAGGUUGCGGCUCAGGAAGCUGAUGGCUCUGUAAAAUUCGGAAAUGGCGAUGGCUCUGCGUAUUUGUUUGAUCCUGAUAUCUAUACGGACGGAAGGAUCUCCGUCCAGGGGAUCGACGGCGUUCUUUUCCCGCGGGAGGAGGAGGAGGAAGACAAUAAGGCGGCGGCUCGCCGUAGAACAACCCCGCUUGUUAAAGUUGCUGCCAAGCCUAGGAGAGGGAAAUUGAUGCAAGUCGCUUGUGACAUGCUUGGAGCUUUUGGCUCAGUCUGCUAAUGAAAUCGCCAUUCCAACUAAUCGCUGAAAAAAAAAGAUUU